AACUGCUACCUACCCUGGGGACUUCAUAGCAUUGUCUGGACUCUGCUGCAUGCGACUCUUCUAAUACCUGAUGCUCUGGCCGGACAUUAUUGCUAGACGGUCAGAUUGGUAUUGCCUGUUGAGCUCGGCCACUUUCGUGUUGCGCAAGCCUCCCUCGCCAACUUAACCCAACGACGGGACGCCUCGCCUCGAACAUUCGACCUUGCCUUGCACCACUUCACCCAGAACAUCAACCAACACAUCCGACACCUCACACGCACGCACGCAUCCGUACACGUAUACAUUCGCACCCGACGCUCGUCCACUUCCACUCCACCGCCUUUCGCUACAGCCCGCUCGCCCUCUCCACUUCACUUCUCUCGCAGACCCAACGACCGCCCUGCGCUUGCGCUACUGUGAACUGGGCACGCUGCGUACACAUUACCCGGAGAACGUCCCGAACAGCCUGUACGAUACUCCCGACAGCAGAAGCUGCACACAUUCGCCGCAACGCCAGACCAGUCCACAACUCAGACAUGGCGCAAUCGCAGGAACAGCAGGUGAUGCGAAGGAAGCUUGUCAUCAUCGGCGAUGGAGCUUGUGGAAAGACGUCGCUGCUGAGCGUCUUCACGCUAGGUUACUUUCCAACUAGAUAUGUGCCCACUGUCUUUGAAAACUAUGUGACCGACUGUAGAGUCGACGGCAAGAGCGUGCAGCUGGCACUCUGGGAUACCGCAGGGCAGGAAGACUACGAACGUCUACGGCCGUUGGCGUAUAGUCAAGCUCAUGUCAUUCUCAUCGCUUUCUCUGUCUCGAGUCCGGACUCGUUACAGAACAUCACUACCAAGUGGCAUCCUGAAGUGCUCGAUCGCUGCCCCGGUGUUCCCAUCAUCCUCGUCGGUCUCAAAAAGGAUCUGCGAGAUGAUCCCGUUGCGCAGGAAGAAAUGCGUAAACGCUCUGAGAAGUUCCUUACAUCCGAUGAAGGAGAAGACGUGCGUAAACGGAUCGGCGCGAAGAAGUACCUCGAAUGCUCCUCGUUAACUGGUGAGGGCGUCGACGAUGUAUUCGAGGCUGCCACCAGACAGUCUCUGCUGAGUGGAGGAAAGGAAGGCAAUUCGAGGGGCUGCUGCACAAUACUCUAGGAGUGUGCUGCCUGUUGUGUUUGCUAUGCACCUGGGGCUUGCUGGAGCAGCUUUUACGAGGCUACAAAGCAUACUUACUUGGUAUCGCUCUGCUGGUUUCGGAAUUGGGCUGCGAGGCCCGCUAGGCACAAGGUGCCCACAUUCUCUGUGAAGAGGGACAGGAAAAGAGAAUACACUCGCAAUACGGUCGACAGAGCCCGCAAUAUGGUCGACAUCCUCAACUCGGCCAUGUCUAACGCUCGGAAACACAGUGAGGAUACUGUGAUUGGGGAGCUUGGAGAUAGCGAGAAAGAUGGACUCGAAUCUCCACAGCAGAGCGACGAACACUCGGACGAAAGUCCUCGGCGCACCCACGAGAGCGCAUCUACCGCUGGUGCAACCAGUCUCCACAGUCACUACUCCCACGCGCCACCACAUGGAGAGAUACUCACUGCUAUCAACAAUGACGACGCUCCGAUGCACGAGGAUACCAUGGUCCUUCAUCAUCGUCGCCUCGCUCAGCUCGAAAAAGUGGAAGAUCAAUACGAUCGUUCCAUGCAAGAUCUCUUUCCUAAUGCCGGCGAUGAAGAUUCCUCUCACAGUGCCCACAACAUGAGUGCCACGGCCGAGCGGACGCAUCUACUCGAUGCAGUGCCAGCCCCACUCAACAUUGGUAUCGGCCGACGUUUUCAUCGUGAUAGCAAUAUGGCUACUACUUAUGGGAUCAGCGACGACAGUACAAGUUCUGUUUCAUCUUCUUUGCCCUUCCUUCCACCCGCUGACGUGGUCCCUGCCCAUCCUGAAACGGAUAGGAUCACCGGGAUUACUCGAGAGCAGAACCCUGCACUUUCCCUACCUUCCGCUCGGCAGAACCUGGGCGGACAUUCUGACCUGGACCGUCCUGUUCGACGUCUCUCAGAGGAUCUUACCCACUACGAAGCUCAUCCGGCAGAAAUCGACUGGCUUGUGGCUGAAUAUGCGAUGCUAGAAUAAGAGCGCGUGAGAGAGGCUGUUGAGGGAGGGGAGGGGAGGGGAGAGGUGAAGAAAGACGAUAGGUCAAAAGUGUAGGAGCGAGAGCAAGGAGGAGUUGGACAAGUAAUUCGAGAGAAUAGAGGGUGGUUAUAGAUGACCUGUUGUAUGUGCGCAUUCGGUCAUUGAUCAUGUUUGCUGACAGUCUUUCAUUGUCUUCCAGUCUUUGUAGAUGGAAAAAGUUAUUACUCGAGAUUUGUGCUUGUUG